GUUUCUUUGUCAAUUUGUGCGAUUUCUAUUUGAUAUUAAUUUCAAUUUUCAUUUGUUUUGCAACAAUGUAAAUCGGUUGCUUUUUUUGUGUUUUAUUGAUUGAAAAUAAAUAAACGGGAGAUAAGCAUUCGCAUCGAAAAUGUCAAAGAGGAUGGGUUUUCAAUUUCGCCAGCCGCGAUCCAAAAUGCCAAAAUUGGACAUUACGAUCCAGUCAAGUCAACGGAUCACAGCUGGCCCAUCAAAUAUGAAUCCUCAACGUGACAUUGUGGCAGAAACACCAACUCAACCGGACGGUAAUUGGAGUGAUGAAGAGGAAUUUUUUGUAUUGUCCUCACAAGCGGCCGAUAUGGUUCAUACGUCUGCAUCGGUUGUCAUCUCACAAUCAAUGAACAGUCUUGCAAAUCAUGAUAUGAGCUAUACACGAUUCAGGCAAGAAGUACGAACCGUACACAGUACACAAAUAAAUCCGAUCAAAGAGGUAUUAAAUGAUGAUGAUGACGAUUUGUUUUCAAACAUUGACGAACCCAUUCCGAAUGCCAUUCAAGCGGCACCAAACGCCGAGACGCCCAAGACCAAUGGUCAAAAUGUACAAAAUCAACAAUUUAGUCAAAAUUUCAAUCGACCAUCGACAUCAACGUCAACGGUUAAUAAUAAAUUGAAAGAACAAUCGGAAAAAAUCCAGUGUCAAUAUUAUGCGGAAAAGAUAAAAGCACAAAAGAAACAAAUUGAAACGUUGCGAGAGACAUUGAAUAAAGUUAAUCAAAAGUGUACGACGAAGGAAGGAGAGUCAUCGACGCUUCGAUAUGAGGUCGACUCAAAAUCCCGAGAUAUUGAACGUCUUCGCAAAGAAAAAAUGGACGAGGCCGUACAAAUGGAAAAGAAAUACUCGGAAAAAAUAACCGCAUUAGAAAAGAAAAUUGAAGAGCAACGGUCAGAACUUGAAUUUAAGAAUAUUGAAAUUUUGAAUAAAAAGUCCAGAAGAUCGCUAAACGAUUCAGUUAUGACAACGGAACCAGAGACGAGCUGGUCCAUUGUUGAACUGCACCAUCUAUUCAAACUGCAUACGAAUCAUAUUGAACCAGCAGCACCUGAAAAUAUCCCGGCUGCCGAUUUUAUAGCUGCGAAAGGUGUUGAAAAAUAUUGCGGCCUCACUGAGCGUGAUUUUGAUACAUUAAAAUGUCUUAACGCCCUACAAUCAAUAUACAAUGGAGCCAAACGGAGGAGAAUGCGUGUGCUUGACACCGAUUCCGUCAAAGAGAUCAUUAGUAUUACAAAUGCAUUUAUUUAUGCGAUGAAGUCGUAUGCAAAUCGAUUGUGUCUGCGCGUACCAACCAAAUACGAUGCAGGACUAGAAGCCAAAUUGAUUUCUGAUGAAAUGGCCAAACCAACGGCCAAUUUAAUUGACGACAAAUUGAUUUAUGAAAGACAAAUAUUGGCAGUGAUUUCACUUUUGUGUACGGAUUUUUCGAAUGUCACUGAAAUUAUUUUAUUCGAAAAAUGCGAAGACCAGGAAACGAACACUGACGACGACGACGAAAUGGAUGUUGAAAAUCGAGCUGGGUCAUUCGUUGACAUUUUGACAGAUGUUCUUUUUAAAAUUGGACUUUCGAAAACUCUGUCGCUACACAAAACGCUCAUCGAAUCGACGUCACUGUUGCUGUUGGCAUUGGCAAAAACCUAUUCUCCCAGCAAAUCGGGCGAUUUACUUCUUUUGAAUUUAUUUCGUUUAAUUGUAUUUUGUGAACCAGAUUUACAGUCGCUCAAUCAUUUAUCGGAGUUUCUAGAGCUUAUCUCCGACUAUGAAUUGUGUAAUAUUUGCAGUCGAUUUUGUAACGAUACAAGCACCAACGUUAUGUCUAUGCAACGAUAUUGUAUCAAUCGAUUUGACAUUGAAACUUGUCCGCUUCAAGUAUUUUCGUGCAUCUUACAAAUCUCAUUUCAACCGUACUCCAACAAUCGAUCGACAUUGGAUCACACAAAUAAGGUGCAUACGGUGGCUAAGAUCACGAUUCACAUGAUUAAGUUCUUAAGGAAUUGCUUCAAUAGGCGCGUUGAUUGGUUAUUUCCCAAGAACAGAAGUCAGAAUGAUUCUUCAACAUUAACACAAGGAUCGCAUUGUUAUAGUUAUGUUGUCUCAUGUAUAAUUGUCUUAUUACAUUUUUGUAUCAAUAGUUGGUGGGAAAACUACAAGAUCAUCGAUUACAAACUGAUACAAACAAUAUAUUCAAUGGGAAGUCUGUUCAUUCACGACAUUAUAAAGAAGCAUUAUGACCCAAAAGUUCUCAGUUUGGGUGGUUUUCCGGUGAAAAAUCGUUUGCAAGUUAUUUACGAUUGGAUUGUUUAUUCGAAUGCAUUUGACCUGACAUCCAUUUCAGAAAACGCCAUCAAAUCAGUGAAUUUACGUCAAAUUCAACAAAUGAACGAACCACAAAUGCCAGAAAAAUCAUAUACGCACGAUCAAAUGGAUUCGAUUCUUGUUGAGUCAUUUGAUAACUUUUUAAUAUGAAGCAAAGCGUUAAUUUUGUGUUUUUUUUUUU